AACAAUAUCUCAUUCAUUUAACCUUGUCCCACUCUCUUCGGCUCUCUCUUUUAGCUCGUUCUUCCUCAUCCUCCCCAAAACCCCUCCAAAGCUAGGAUAAUUUGAAAUUUAUUGUAGUCGUUUUUUUGGAUCUGGAUCUGUAAGUUGCGUAGAAAGUAAAUCGAUGGAUACUCGUAAAAGGGGAAGGCCUGAAGCUGGCUUCAACAGUAAUGGUGGCUUCAAGAAAACUAAGCCAGAAAUGGAAUCAACUGGUGUAGGAAGCAAAUCGAAGCCAUGCACCAAGUUUUUCAGCACUGCUGGUUGCCCCUUUGGUGAGAGCUGCCACUUCCUGCACUAUGUUCCUGGUGGUUACAAUGCUGUAGCCCAGAUAAUGAACCUUGCACCAGCUGUUCCACCAGCUUCUAGAAACAUGGCAGCACCACCACCCAUCCCAAAUGGAUCCUCUGCUGUUAAAACUCGCUUGUGCAACAAAUUUAGUAGUGCUGAAGGUUGCAAGUUUGGUGACAAAUGCCAUUUUGCACAUGGUGACUGGGAACUUGGCAAGCCUAUUGCUCCUUCUCAUGAUGAUCCUCGUGGCAUGGCAACUAUUGCUGGUCGUAUGGGCAGUCGGAUGGAGCCUCCACCCCCAUCAGGUCCUGCUGCUAGCUUUGGUGCCUCAGCGACUGCAAAAAUUAGUGUGGAUGCCUCUCUUGCAGGAGCCAUAAUUGGGAAGGGUGGUGUGCACUCCAAGCAGAUUUGUCGUCGAACAGGAGCAAAACUUUCUAUUCGGGAGCAUGAGUCAGAUCCCACCCUCAGGAACAUUGAGCUUGAAGGAUCAUUUGAGCAAAUUAAACAAGCCAGUGCAAUGGUUAGAGAGCUAAUUAGCAGCCUUGGUCCAGUCUCAGGUCCUGCCAAAACGCCUGGUGUGCCUGGUGGGCAAGGGCAUCCGGGAAGCAACUACAAGACAAAGUUAUGUGACAAUUUUGCAAAGGGAAGUUGCACUUUUGGGGAAAGAUGUCACUUUGCACAUGGUACUGCUGAAUUGCGAAAGUCAGCAGUGUGAGGGCUACUAGUUCUUUCCUAGUAGUUGAUAGCCUGAGAUAUUUUGUAGUCUUGUAUCCGUGAGAGCCUUGUUUAACAUGGUAGCUGUGCAAUACUAUCUAGUGGAAGUGAUUUGGGUGAGGGUUUUUUUGGGCUUUCUUAGUCUUUAUUUUUUAUUUGUAACUGUCAAAUUUAGUAUCCGCAGUUUCCCCCUUCUCUGAGUUCCCAUCAAUCUUUUAAUGUGGUUUUAUAAGCUUAGAGCAGCAGAUGAUGAUCUUCUUUUUUGGGGUAUAAUGUGGUUUUAAUGUCA